AUGGCUAAAACUCCAAACAAGCACGACAAAGAAGAGGACGAUGUUCCUUAUAAUGAUGAAGAAGACGAAGAGGAUGAAGAUUAUGAUGACGAUGAUGACAGUAGAACUAAAAAGAGAAAGUUCAACCCUUUCAUUGAUGAAAUGGCUAUUGUGAACGAUGAAGAAGACGAAGAAGAAGAAGACGAGGAAUAUGGUCGUGAAGAUGGCUUUAUUGAAGAAGACGUUGAAGAACUCGAUUCUACAUCAAAGAUAACUUCUCGUCGUCAUAUCGAACUGGAUCGUAGGAGACGUGAACUGGAAGAUAUGGACGAUGAGCAAGUGGCUGCCUUUUAUGUAGAAAAAUACGGUCCUCAGCCCUCAGCAUUAAGAAACAUUGAAGAGGUGCCUCAACAACUACUUCAUCCUAAUGUUAAUGAUCCUAAUCUUUGGAUGGUCAAAUGCAAGCCUGGAAAAGAAAAAGAUAUCAUUUUUGGACUGAUGAAGAGACACUUUGAUCGAGCUAGAGGAGCACACCCCCUUGAUACAUUUUCAGCAUUUUCCAGAGAAUCAUUAAAGGGCUAUAUCUAUAUCGAAGCAAAGCGACAAGCUCAUGUCCAAGAAGCGCUGAACAAUAUUCCUCACAUUUAUAUGACAACCUUGAUGUUAGUUCCCUUAAAAGAUAUGGUUGAUGCAAUCAAUGUGCAAAAGAAAGAGGUAGAGAUACCUUUGGGAGGAUGGGUUCGCAUCAAGCGUGGUACAUAUGCUGGCGAUCUGGCCCAAGUGAUCGAAGUAUCAGAUACUCAAGAUUCAGCCCGUGUUAAAGUAGUUCCAAGGCUAGACCUUGAAAAUGCUGCAGCACUAAACGACGACGAUAGUAAAAAACGUAAAAAGACUGCGCGACCACCUCCUCGUUUGUUUAACCCAGAGAGAUUGCCGAGCCGCUCUAUAUCAAGUCUUCAAAAGAAGGGCCCUUACUGGGUGUAUGAUGGCAAUUACUUUAGAGACGGUUAUCUUGAAAAAUCAAUGAAGGUUACUGUCUUGCAAAUAGAAGAUGUGAAUCCUACACUUGAUGAGAUUGCACGCUUUGCAGGAAAUGAUAUCAACGGCGAAGAUGGUGAAAGGGCGAUUGACUUGUCCGCCUUAUCUUCUCUGACUAUCAAUAACGCACAGGCCAAUGGUGCGAUAUUCCAGCCUGGUGAUACUGUGAGUGUGGUCGAAGGUGAUAUGAUCCACAGUACAGGCACUGUUGAAAACGUGAUAGAUUCUUCUGUCGUUGUCUCUUUGGCCGUAGACGGCAUCAAGAAACGUGUGACUCUACCUGCCAAACAACUACGCAAAAAAUUUAAAGAAGGUGACCAUGUCAAGGUUAUUAACGGUCGAUACAAGGAUGAAAGCGGUAUGGUUGUUAGAGUAGAAGACAACAUUGUUACUCUAUUAUCAGAUGCAACACUCAAAGAAGUAAAGGUAUUUGCAAAAGAUUUGCGUGAGGCAGCAGAAGUUAUGUUUGGCAAAACUGUUAUUGGAAAUUAUGAACUACAUGACUUGGUUCAACUCGACUUUUACACAGUGGGUGUCAUCGUUCAAGUGGACCGUGACACAUUCAAAGUGUUGACACAAAACGGAGAGCUUCGUACGGUCGAACCUCACCAGAUUACAAAUAAGCGUGACAGUAAAAAGGCAAUAGCAACCGAUGCGAAUGGUAACAGCAUACGAUCGGGCGAUUCGGUUAUUGAAAUAAGUGGAGAAAAGCGCAACUGUUCGAUAUUACAUCUCUAUCGUAACCUGGUUUUUCUUCAUUCCCGUGAACACAGUGAAAACUAUGGUGUUUGGGUAUCCAAUACUCGAUCUGUCGUAAGCACAUCGGCUCGUGGACGACAGAACGCUAGUUUAGACACACAAAAGCCAUUUGCAACUCCUGCACCAUUUAACCGAGACAUGAGAGGCGGCGCCCGUGGUGGUAGAGGCGGACCUGCCCGUGGAGGAUUCUAUGGACGUGGACGCGGUGGCAGAGAUAACCUCGUUGCAAAAACAGUACGUAUUGCCCAGGGGCCACACAAGGGCUAUAUUGGUAUUGUGAAAGAUACGACAGAUGACUCUGCACGUGUUGAGCUUCAUACGAACAGCAAGAUCAUUAACGUGGAGAAAUCCAAGCUUAUCAUACUCGAUUCACAGGGUAACCCUAUUGGACAGCCCACACAAGGUCCAUUUGAUAAUACUGUAUCUAAUAACAACGGAUUUGCAAGGCCUAUUGCUACUCCCAGUCGAUAUGGUGAAGGCGCCCAGACUCCUAUGCGUAAUGCUGCAGGUGCGAGAACACCCGCUUGGAAUUCUGGAUCAAAAACACCUGCUUGGAACUCUGGUGCGAGAACACCAAACCCUUAUGCAAACGAUGGCGGACGUACUCCCGCUUGGGAUUCUGGUUCCAAGACACCGAUGUGGCGUAGCGAUGCCUGGGGUAGCAGUAGCAGCAUAAGCGCAUCUAAUAACGAUAAAAACACGAUGAAUCAUAGCAGCAAUACGAGUAGAUAUAAUGAGUCAGACAUACCUCCACAGACUCCAAGUAAUGCUUGGAUAGCGCCUACGCCGCAUUAUGAAACUGCUCCAACUCCUGGAGCUGCAUUUAUUCCACCUACUCCUGGUGCCUAUAUGUCUGCGCCUACACCUGCAGCCUAUGGACCACCAACCACUGGCAAUUUUAAAGACUGGCCGAUAGAGGACAUUGAGGUCAAGUUUACAAAAGAUCAAGGCUCAGCUACCAAGGGACAAUUGGGCGGCAUAGUGUCUGUAGACAUGAGCAGCAAACGAUGCGUAGUCAACCUGUACAGUAAUAAUGAAAAAAUCGAUACACCCUUUGAUAGCAUAGAGCCAAUGAGACCAAAUAAGAAGGAGAAUGUAAGAAUCAUCCUAGGCGAGCAUAGAGGCGAACUAGGCAAUCUAAUCGGUGUUGAUGCUCAAGAUGGUAUCGUCCGAUUAAAGGGCGAUGCUGCUGGAUUCAAGUUUUUGAACAUGAUUACUGUUGGAAAGUAUAUUGGAACAGAAUCAGUAGUAUAA